GAUGUAGGAAGGAAGGAAAGUCCUGGCCACGACUGCUCCUGAAAUGCCUGUUCAGCAGUAUUGUACAAUCCUGACUUGUUGGAAGAGGCUUUGGGGAGAAGGGUGCUCCUCUGAGCUUCUCAUAGGCUGUGUGCACAGAAAGCUGUCUUUGGACUUUCAGUAAAUAAUCCUUAUUCAUUGCUGUGCUGGAGGUUGCCUGCCCGUGCCCUGCUUUCGCCUUGCCACUGCAAGCUAAGGGAACAUUUGAAUGGAAUCAAGGCCCCCUUGGAUUUUUCACUUACUCAUAUGCAGAAUCCAUGUGAAAAUGCAUAUUUAUUGGGAAGGCUGAAUAUUAUGAACAGACAUUCAGCAGCUUUGAAACAGCACCAGGGAAGCAAUCCAUCAACCCAGCAGCAUGUCCAGAUGGACCUAAACUAAGACUCAAGACCAGGCAAUCUGAGUCCCGUCCCCAUUCUUGGCAUUCAACCAAAUUUCUGGAGAGCCAGCCCAACCCCAGCAUGAUGCAAAUAUCUCAGGGAACGUUAGGAUCUCCAUGGCACCAGGCUUAUCACUCAAGUUCUUCUGCAAGUGAUCUUUCCAGUUACGAGCAUGGGUACUUAAGACGAAGCCCUGACCAGUACAGCUCACGGGGGAGCAUGGAAAGCCUGGACCACACUUCAUCAACAUACCAUCCAUGUCAUCUUUCACCUGCAAAGUCCACUAACUGCAUAGAUCAACUUGCUCAUUUGCAUAGCAAAAGAGACUCUGCGUACAGCUCUUUCUCCACAAACUCCAGCAUACCAGAAUACCACCCCACCCCAAUCUGCAAGGAGAAGUCCUACUCUAUGGAAAGCAUGUUGCCUAGGGGUAACUUACAAGAGGGUAUUAAGCAUGCCGACAUUAGAUAUAUCAAGACAGUUUAUGAUGCACAUCGUGGAGUCUCGGAAGAGUAUGAAGUAAACUCAUCUAUGGUCAAAAACCGAGGUAGACUUUCCAGCAAUCCUCUUAAGAACAGUGGACCUUUGGGUAGAAUUGAACAGAACAGAAUUCUCUCUGAGAGUGAUAUAGUUGUGAAAAGUCCUCCCAUGCCACCUACAAGAAGUGACAGUUAUGCAGUAACAAAACAUCAUGAACGGCCAAGUUCUUGGUCUAGUUUGGAACAGAAUAGACAUUUACGGACUCAUUUGAAAGGACCAGGGACACAUUCAGCCAGUUCUAAUUGCAAUGCAAAUCAACAGUUGAAAGCCGUGUUUGGUGAAGGACAGCUGCAUACCGUGCUUGAAAGAAGUCCAGAAUGUAGUCCUUUAAUGAAACCUAAGCAAGUUUAUUCACACAUUCCACAGCCUGGAAAACCUAUGCUUCCUACAGGGAUCUAUCCAGUGCCAGCUCCAGAGCCACAUUUUGCUCAUGCUCCUAAACCACUCAACAAUAAUAAUGGAAGGCUUUAUCCAGCAUUAGCCAAAGAAGGAGCUCAUAGUACUUCACAUGUUGAUCCUGGGGCCAAAGCAGUCUCUUACUCACAGUCAGAAACUAGUGUAAAAGGUAGCCAGAAUAUUCAUAACAUUUCUACUGUGCCAAGCCCAGUAAACCAAUCUGCUAAAGCAGAAGAAACAAGAGAAAGCGGGCCUACACAAUACACCCAUUAUAAGCUUCAUUUCUCCAGUGGCCCUGACAUUCCUGUUGGUUCAGCAUUAAACAGUGAAGAUGAAAGAACUAUUAUAAAAAUUAAUCAGUCCUUCAAUAAAAAUGAUCACCUACCAAAACCAGAAUCUAAAACCGAUGUAGUAAAAAGCCAGGUGACGAGUGGAAAACAAGAUAACAGGGAUAUACACUUGUUCCCUACCAAUGAAAGAAUUCAAAGUGACUCUGAGCUUUCAUUGCAGAAUCGGGGAAGCUCUUGCAAUACCAGUUCUGAUGUAUCACCUAUGGCAAGUGGAAUGGAGUCAUACAGAAAUACAAGCAUUCCAGAUACAAAUAAAUAUAUGAACUGGGGUAUGCAGUACAACGCUGAUGUAAACCAAAAUGAUAAACAUGAAAAAAGACACUCUGUGCAUUUCUCCAACCACAAAAACAAACUAGAAAGUCCAAGUUUUACAAAACACACAGAAGAAGCUGACAGCUCAGUUUUAUGUGUUAGCAAUCACUUACAGCCUGAUGACCCUUCGUCACCGCACAAAAAUACUACUGACUUUACCAGAAGGCGACAAAAUUCUGGGAACAACCAAAUCAAUAACAGUCUCACUUCUGCUAAGCAAGACAGCAAGCAAAAGUUGUCUGUUUUAGAAAAGAUCAGCCAGAUUGAGCAACGCGAGCAAGAGAAUCAAAGGCCCCAUGCUGCAAGUGGAAGCAUCUAUGUUGCGAAUUCAGGACAAUGUACAAAAGGAGCAAACAGAGCAUCUGUAAAUAGCAUUGAAGAAUUAAGAAAUAAGUUUAAUUCCCAGGAACAUAUGCAGAAUGUUGAAUACCGAAGACUUUCAGGUUCUCAUACUACUGACAAAGGUUCUGGUGUGCAGCAGUUAAAAAGAGCUGGAAGUGUCUACUGUGCAAGAUUAGGAGACAUUCAGAAACCAACAGUUGAGACUCAGAUAGACAAGACCCAGGAGAUUAAUAAGGAGCCAUGUGUUUUGCAAACCUUGCCAGGUAGUGAUAAAACAACUGUUAAUUCUCAAACAAUGCCAAAUAAAGACGACCAUUGGCAGAGCACUGCACAAGACACUUUAGGCUUUAGUAGGGCUUACAGAAACAGUAUCAAAGAUGCCCAGUCAAAAGUCUUAGAAGCAACAUCUUUUAGAAGAAAAGAUUUGGAAAUCAGCCCACCACAAUACAAACAAACAGAAAGGAGUGUAAAAAGGCCUUCUUCAGCCAUUCUUUAUGGUAAGACAGCUCCCGUAUCCCCUCAUGCGCCAAAAGAACGGCACAGUGUCACACCUACAGAGACAUUUGCAAAGAGUCAAGAUUUUAGUCAAGAGGGGGCAACUGUAUCAAACCAGGUAACUCGCAUUGGAGCCAGAAGACGUUUAACAGCUGAGCAGAAAAAGCGAUCAUAUUCAGAGCCAGAGAAGAUGAAUGAGGUGGGAGCAUCUGACACUGAGUCAUCAUCUAUUAGUAGCCAAAACAAGGGGCAGAACAUCAGCUUCUUGGAGCAAACAGUUGCAGACAGGCGCAGGAUGUUUGAACGAGAUGGCAAAGCUUGUUCAACUGUUAACCUUUCUAAGCCAGAGCUGAAGCAGCUGCAGCAGAGUGCCCUUGCGGACUACAUAGAACGAAAGACAGGUCGAAGGCCUUCAUCCCAGGAAUCUGGCCUUUUAAAAGAGCGAUCCCAGAGCACCUACUUCUCGGGAAGUAUGAUGGACAGCCAGAGUGUUUCCUCUACAUCUAGCAUUAAUUCCCUACAAGAGCAUAAUAUGCCAUUCCGCAGUUGGGAUCCAAGGGAUACAUUGUCUAAAACUGGACGUGUUUCCUCCACUCUCCCACCUGGACUCACAGGCUUGUUUGAUUUAGCCAACUUAGAGAAGAAAAGUGAACCACAGGAAAACAGGACUCGCACAAGUUCAUUUGUCCAGCAACGUCUAGGCUUGGAUUUAAAGUCUAGGACAGAAAGUAAAAGUUCUUCUUCAUAUAAACAGAGAGAUGUCUCUGCAUCUGAAUUUUUAAUGGCCUCAUUGGAACAAAAGCCUGAUAGAACAUCAUCUGAUCGGGAUUUAUAUGCCAAUUCUCAACAACCCACUUCCCUCCAUGUGAGAUCAAGGUCUUCGCCAGCCAGUGAAAAGAUAAGUCAGGACUUUAUGGUAAGAAGGGAAUCUCUUAUCAAGUAUGCUUCUUAUAGCUCGACAAAUAAGGAAUUUCGCUCCUCUAGAAGCAAAACUGAAGAUCAUCCAGAAACGGCACCUUCUGAAACAGCAUUUCAACCACAUCCUAGCCACCAUUCUUCUGCUGACAUGAUGGCUCCUCCAUCAAACAGUAUUGUGGAUCAUAGCAGUGUGAAAAUUCAGAGACACACGAGAGCCCAGAGUCUUACACAAGGCCCUUCCCAGCACAGUAAUCUCCAUAGCACAAGACUGGCUACCUUACCUUCACCCAAUAACUUCAGUCCCACUAAAUCUAUACAAGAUUCACCCACCCAGAGCACACAAGAUACUGAUGAAGAUUAUCCGUAUGCUGAAAACAGAACUUCAAAAAUGUCUCCAAUCGAAACAAAAAGUAAAAGUGACAUGGAUUUAAGUUUCAACAGUAAUAACUCAAUAAAUCACAACCGUAACAAACAAAAUACAAAGUCUACUCCACCACAGAGGCCUCCACCCCCAAAAGUCAAGGUCUUAAAUGCAACAAAAGAAGCCAACAUUUCACAGAACAGCACUGCAUGUGGGCAGAAGGUUCCCACUAAUUGGAAAAACAAUACAAUGUGGAGCAGUAGCUCAUCGGAGUCUGAAACCCCCUCACACCAUGGGAAAAUAUCACUCCGUAUAUCUGAGUCUGGUCUCCAGUUAUCUGCUCUGGUUGGGAAUGAUGAUGUGGAAGAUGAAGUAUUUGUUAAGGACCAAGAGGUGGGAACGUCUCCUAAAAUUCAUUUUGUUCCCCCUUCUCCACCUCCAUUCCCUCCUCCAACUCUGGAAGAUGCCAUUUUGAAGGAAAAUGAAGAGAAAAUACAUACUUUGCUGGCUACUCCCCCCAAGCAUUAUGAAGGAAAUGUGAGGAAAGACUGGAAAGAAAUAUAUCCCAAAACUGUGGAGAGCACAGAAAAAAUAGAGACUACUACGGAAAAGAGUGUCUUGAGCCUGCCAACUGCUCUCGCACUUAUAAGAGAUAGUGAACUUCCUCAGGCUAGUGCCUCGUCUUCAUCAGAGAUACCUCAGUCCACAACAAGUUCAGCAAGAACCGGUCAGAGCUCCCAAGACCUCCCCCCAACCCAGGAUGACGAAACCUCCAAUGUAGCACUUAAACCUUCAGAAAGCACUGUCCCAGAAUACAAACCCAUCUAUAACCAAAUCAGCACAAGUAUAAUGUCUCCUGAGGAUGUCAAGUCUCAGGAGUUGGCCAAGGAGAUUGUAGUAGAGGACAAGUCCCUGGCUGACAUUUUGGAUCCAGAGUGUAAGAUGAAAACAACUAUGGAUUUAAUGGGGGAGCUGUUUAUGAGACGCCCGAGUGCUUUAAGAGAGAGAAGCAAAAGCCAGAUCAAAGACAAGAUGAAGUCAGAUGACUUGUCAUCAGCACACAAUGGAAAGAGAGAGGAGAAGAAAAACUCUAUAGAGAAUGUAUUAAGCUCCUCCAUCCAUUACUCCAUGUCUGCUUCUAAGGCUGAACUCCUGAGAAAAAUCACAGAAGUGCACACAAAAUCAGACAGAAAAGAUGAUGUAAAUGAAAAUAAGGUGGAAUUAAUUGCCAAUCUUAUCCGUAAACUUGAGAUCUUGAAGGGUGCCAAGGACAGUCUUAUAGUUGAUAUAAAGGUCAACAACAGUCUUGGUGAGCAGGUGGAGGCAUUGAUCGAGGAACUCUGCAAGCCCAAUGAGUUUGACAAGUAUAAAAUGUUCAUUGGAGAUUUGGAUAAGGUGGUGAACCUUCUGCUCUCACUGUCAGGGCGCUUGGCCAAAGUGGAAAACGUACUAAGCACCUUGGGUGAAGAUGCCAAUACUGAAGAACGGACCACCUGGAAUGAAAAGAAAAAGCAGCUCUGUGGUCAACAUGAAGACGCCCGAGAACUCAAGGAGAACCUUGAUCGCAGAGAAAAGUUGGUGACGGAUAUUUUGGGAAACUACCUCACCGGGAACCAGUUUCAGGACUACCAGCAUUUUGUGAAAAUGAAGUCAGCGCUUCUUAUUGAACAGAGAGAGGUGGACGAUAAAAUUAAACUUGGUCAGGAGCAACUGGAUUGCCUAUUAGAAAGUUUACCUAGAGAUUUCAUGGACAACAGAAAAGUGCCUUUGAAAGAAGAAGGUGUGUCUUCUUCGGGGAAUGUAAAGAUGCUUCCACCAUUGACCACUUCACUUUAAUGUUCUUCUCAGCAACUCAGGCAGAUGUAUACAUUAACUAGAUAGUCAUUCAAAUUAAAUUGUGUUACAACCACAGUAAUUAUGGCUAUAAAUCAAAGAGGUGUCAAGUAAGGAAAAUUCUGGAUGGCACUUCAUUGGUGGUGAAGGGAUGACUGGAUGUGUUAUUCCACUGCCUCGCUCGUACAGUACUAGGUGCUCCUAGGAACAGUGAGAAUCCAUGCAAACCACAUGUAAUGGAGCAAGAAGA